CGCCCUACAUUUGGACAUUCGCCCUACAUUUGGACAUUCGCCCUACAUUUGGACAUUCACUCAUAAUUUGAACAUUCCCUCUUAUCUGGUUGUUACUUACAUUUUCACACUAUUCUGCUUUCUCAAAUCUCAAGGUGCAUAUUUGUUAGUGUUUACAUUAUUUCGGAAUUCUGUAUCCUCUUUUUGUUGCACAAAUAAACUGUAGGACUGGCGUCCUCAGACUCAUAAUUUAUAAUAUAUGGUGACUGCUCAUUUUGUGCAAAAAACACGUAAACAUUGUUUGAAGUAGUCAGUGUUGCUGAUUUUUAAUGAUAAUGUGUACUAUAGUCAAUACUAGUUGAAUUUUUGUAUGGUUGUACUAGACUUGUAUGCUAAUAAUCAUGCUGGAAAAAAUAUUUACUUGUAUUACUUGCCCUACUUCUCAUAUUAUCUCGCUUACCCAUGCACAAUGUCUAGAAACACAUUUGCUGUCUUCAGUAACACAAAGAUGUAGUGAAUGGCAAACCCAUUUUUGAAAACAGCUGUACCAGGACACUUUUCUUAGAGUGACUCAUUACUGAAUUCUGCAUACUCUUCAUUACAUUUCAUUGGUCAGAUUAAAAUCUUAUUAAGUAGUCAAUGGUUAUAUUUCUUUAGUGAUUACACUUUUACUCCCAAUUUUUACAAGUGGCAACUUCGUUACGAGAUUUUUUAUAGUCAACAUUAUUUAUAAACUGUGAAUAAAAUUAGUGUUCUUUGAAAUUUCUACCUGUCAAAAUUAAUCUUAUUAUUGUCUUUAGCUCAUGUUGUGAUAUUGAAAAUAAUGCUGUAUGUUUGCAAUUAUGGUUGCAGGUCAGAAAAGGAAUGAUCCACAAUGGCUCUUACAAGUAAAACUGGACUUCUCGAGGGUGUUAAGAAGGAGGUCACACAAUAUAUCAAGCCCGCCAAGUUGGAAUUUCCGAACAUCGCCAAGCCUGCCCCCUUUGUCCUGAGGCCGUUCGCCGGCAUAUACAAUCCGUUCCCAUACGGCUGCUCCGUCCUGUGCAACCACCCUGCGGAUUAUGAAGCCAAGGACGUGGUCAAAAGAGCGAAGGAUGCAUGGGCGAGCGAUGGCAAGGCGCUCCUGCUGCCGGAGGAGCUGGCCUGCCUGCGCGGCUCGUACCGCGACGGCGAGGACGCAGUGCCCGAAGAGCUGUUCCGCCGCUACACCGACACAGACUCCCGCCCGCCCACGCCGGCCCCCACACUGGCCAGCGCGGCCGGCGUGCGCCGUCGCCACUGCCUGACGCCCGACCCCCUGGUGGACGCGGGGGGCUGCGGCAGGGCGCGCCCCACGCUGGUGCUGGACCUGAGGCGCAGCCACAGCCAGGACGCGGUGGCGUGGCGCGGGGGCCCGGUCGCCGCAGCGUCUCCCGCCCCGUCCCCGCAGCUCAGGAGGAGGCCAGCGGGCAAGAGGAAGCCUGCCGCCACCCCAGCUCCUCGUGACCAGGAAGACCCAGUCGUCGACACUCACGCCGGCCAGAAGCUUCAGCAGCAGGUGUUACACGGGGUGAAGGCGCUGUCUGCAUCAGAGGCGACGGAUACCGCCGUAACAACGGGCGGUAGCGGCGACGAGGAGGUCUCCAAGCGACGCGGAAGGCGCCGCAAGCGAGGAAGAAAGUCGGGCCGCGACGGCGCGCUCGAGCCGGAGAAGGAGUUCCAAGGCCUGCCAGAGCCCGGCGAGACCCAGGUGUCCACGCUUGACCCCGACUCGCACAACCCGAGCGCACGCCCGUCCCUCGCCGCGGUGCCGCACGACGAAGGCCACAAGCAGUCGGCUGCCUCCUCGAUCCCCGAGUGCCGCCCGCCGUGCGACGCCCGCGAGUCCUUCCUCGACCGGGACACGCUGCGGCACCUGCAGCGCGAGCUGGACCAGGAGGUUGUCGAGAGCGAGUUCAACCACAAGAAGCACCUCGUCCUGAAGGAGGCGCUGAGGAUGGCAUCGGGCCGGCGCAAGGCCGCACCCAGCGAGGAGAUGCGGCAGCUGAAGAAGGAGCUGGGCGCGUCGUCGGCCGGCGGCCACUCUGAGCUCCUGCUGGGCGUGCCACGCAACUUCUCGCGGCAGAGCGCGCGCUUCGAGCUGCCCAUGGACAGCCGUGCCCUCGAGACGAUGAAGCCCAUUGAGUAUGUCGAGAAACACGUUUUGAUUUCCAGUGGGUCUUUGCUCCUCUACAACAGAGUGUUCAACAGACACAAAGAAGAACUGGAUGAAGAUGAAAGUGAACGAAAAAUUUUGGGCAAGAGCAUGAUCCCGGCUCUGGGCGAGGUGAUGGGCCGCCCGCUGAGCGACGACGAGGCCCGCCUGUUCCGGGCGCUGCUUGGCUGGGGCGACGCCGACCUGCUGGGGUUCCGCUCGUGGGCCGGCGCGUGCGCCCUCUGCGAGCGGCUGUUCGGCUCGCCUCAGGACUGCUGCUGCGAGGUGGAGCGCGCCGACUUUGAGUCACUGCCUCGCCGGCUCGCCGGGCUGCGGCUGGACCCCGCACUCCGUGAUGUCCUCUCCAGGAUACGUGACUUGUGAAGUGCUCAUGUUUGUGGUUUAUUUCCCACGUACUCUCUCUUUUUCAGUGUGCUCUGUUGCCAAAUAUACCCAAAGAGCAUAAAAGUUUUCGAGUCAAUUGUAUAAUGUAA